CUCACUUUGUGAUGUUUAAAUAGUUGAGACAUUUGGACAUAUUUUGACUUGUAAAUAUUGGAGAAAAGCGAAUUUCAGGAUGAAGGUGGUCAAUCUGAAACAGGCCAUUCUGCAGGCGUGGAAGGAGCGCUGGAGUGACUACCAGUGGGCCAUCAACAUCAAGAAGAAUUUUCCCAAGGGAGCCAAAUGGGACUACCUCAACUUGGCAGAAGCUCUGCUGGAGCAGGCCAUGAUUGGCCCAUCACCCAACCCCCUGAUUCUGUCCUAUCUGAAAUAUGCCAUCAGUUCCCAGAUGGUGUCCUAUUCAAGUGUACUGACGGCAAUUAGUAAGUUUGACGACUUCUCCCGAGAGCUGUGCGUCAAGUCUCUGCUGGAGAUAAUGGACAUGUUCUCCCAUCGGCUGAGCUGCCACGGGAAGGCAGAGGAGUGCAUCGGGCUGUGCCGAGCCCUGUUGGUCGUGGUGGUGUGGCUGCUGCAGGGGUGUGCCUGGUACAGCGAGAGGCUGCGGGAGCAGGGCGAAGCCGCCGGGGGCGAGGCCAGCCUGAAGGCCUGCCAGGAGCGCCUGGAGGGCCUCAUGCUGAGCACCAAGAACAGGGCCCUCAUCCACAUCGCCCGGCUGGAGGAGCAGACUUCUUGGUCAAGCAUAGAGCAAGCAGUAACAAGAGUAGCAGACAACCUCAGCAGUCUAAACAAUCAGGUGCUGAGAAGCAAGCUGGAGGAGUGCCUGGCAUUGGUGAAGAGUAUUCCACAGAUGCUGGCGGUGCAGUCGGACCCACCACUUCACACCUCCUUCCCCUCAAUCCACGCCUUCAUCAUGCUGGAGGGCACCAUGAACCUGACUGGAGAGACGCAGCCAUUGGUGGAGCAGCUCAUGAUGAUCAAGAGGAUGCAGCGCAUUCCAGCCCCUCUGUUUGUACUGGAGAUCUGGAAGGCCUGCUUCACAGGGCUAAUUGAGUCACCAGAGGGCACUGAGGAGCUCAAAUGGACUGCAUUCACCUUUCUUAAGAUUCCCCAAGUGCUCCUCCGACUGAAGAAGUACCCCCAGGGAGAGAAGGUACAGGACUUCAUGGAGGAUGUGAACGUUGCCUUUGAGUACCUGCUAAAGCUCACGCCCUUGCUGGAUAAGGCUGACCAGAGGUGCAACUGCGACUGUCUCAGCCUGCUGCUUCAGGAGUGCAACAAGCUGGGCCUGCUGUCUGAGGCCAACACUGCCAGCCUCACUGCAAAACGGGCUGAGGACAGGGAGUACGCCCCACGUCUGAAGACUGCAGAAAACGCAAAUAUCCAGCCCAACCCAGGCCUCAUCCUGCGGGCCGAGCCCACCGUCACCAAUAUCCUCAAGACUGUGGAUGCUGAUCACUCCAAGUCUCCAGAGGGGCUGCUGGGAGUUCUGGGACACAUGCUGUCUGGGAAGAGUCUGGAUCUCCUCCUGGCCGCCGCCGCUGCCACUGGAAAACUCAAGUCCUUUGCGAGGAAAUUCAUCAAGCUCAACGAGUUCCCCAAGCACAUCAGUGGCGAAGGAUCCAAGUCCGCCUCGGUACGAGCCCUGCUGUUCGACAUCUCCUUCCUCAUGCUGUGUCACGUGGUGCAGACGUAUGGGUCAGAGGUGAUCCUGUCGGACCCCAGCCCCUCAGGCGAGACCCCCUUCUUCGAGACCUGGCUGCAGACCUGCAUGCCAGAGGAGGGGAAGACCCUGAACCCAGACCACCCCUGCUUCCGUCCCGAGUCUGGCAAGGUGGAGAGCCUGGUGGCCCUGCUGAACAACUCCUCCGAGAUGAAGCUUGUUCAGAUGAAGUGGCACGAGAUCUGCCUUAGCACACCAGCGGCCAUCUUGGAGGUGCUGAAUGCCUGGGAGAAUGGGGUACUGUCAGUGGAGUCGGUGCAGAAAAUCACAGACAACAUCAAGGGGAAGGUUUGCAGCAUGGCCAUCUGCGCAGUGGCCUGGCUGGUGGCCCACGUUCGCAUGCUGGGCCUGGACGAGCGCGACAAGCCACAGACCAUGAUCCGCCAGCUCAUGACACCGCUGUACGCCGAGAACACUCUGCAGUUCUACAAUGAGCGGGUGGUGAUCAUGAGCUCUAUCCUGGAGCACAUGUGUGCUGACGUCUUCCAGCAGACGGGGGUGGCCCUCCGUCCGCCAGUGGAGGGGCAGGAGCCCGUCCCGUACCGCAACCUGCUGCCAGCGCGCGAGCCCAUCCGGGAGGCCCUGGGCAAGCAGUUCCGGGCGGUGCUGCGGAAGGGCUGGGUGGACAGCCGCGCCCUGCACCUCUUCGAGAGCCUGCUGCACAUGGGGGGUGUCUUCUGGUUCACCAACAACCUGGUCAAGGAGCUGCUGAAGGAGACCCGUCAGGAGUGGGCGAUGCGUGCUGUGGAGCUGCUGUACAGCAUCUUCUGCCUGGACACCCAGCAGAUCACCCUGACCCUGCUGGGCCACAUCCUGCCCAGCCUGCUCACCGACUCAGCACACUGGCACAGCCUCGCUGACCCGCCAGGCAAAGCCCUGGCUAAGCUGUCUGUGUGGUGCGCCCUCAGCUCCUACUCCUCCCACCAUAAGGGCCAGGUAUCGGCCCGUCAGCGCAAGAGACAGCGAGAGGACAUAGAAGAUUACAGCAGCCUUUUUCCACUGGACGACACGCAGCCUUCCAAACUUAUGCGUCUGCUGAGCUCCAAUGAGGAUGAGCCGGUGGUUCUUUCCAGCCCAGGUGACAGGACCAUGAGCAGCUCCCUGUCGGCCUCACAGCUUCACACUGUCAACAUGAGAGAUCCUCUCAACCGAGUCCUUGCCAAUCUGUUUCUCCUGAUCUCCUCCAUCCUGGGCUCAAAGACUGCAGGCCCGCACACGCAGUUUGUCCAGAGCUUCAUGGAGGAAUGUGUGGAGUGUCUGGAGCAGGGCACCCGUGGUAGCAUCCUGCAGUUCAUGCCUUUCACUAUGGUGUCAGAGCUGGUGAAACUGCCUGCUCUGGCCAGGCCCAAAGUGGUGCUGGCCAUCACUGAUCUAACGCUGCCACUGGGGAGGAGGGUAGCAGCCAAGGCCAUUGCAGCCUUGUAGACCCCCACAGCCCAUACCAGCCUCCCCUGCCCCAGCCUGGCCACCACUUGUUCUCCUGCCUAUACCACUCAGCCCUGCCAUCAAACUCCGCAAACCCAGAACCAGAUUAGGAACACAAUCAGAUUUUUUGUCAUUUUCGGAUGUGGCUACUUCCAAACCACAUACAGCAGACUUUGUGUUCCUGUUCCAUUUUGGGUCACAUCACCAAAAUCUAGGGUGCAUUCUUUGUUCUUUUAUAAUCGUGAGAGAAAUAAUAUGUACAUAUUUCUUUUUUAUAUUAAAGCAUAA